AUGGAGAUGAGUUGUGGAAGUGUUGGAACCGUUAAGGAGAGUGUGUCGGCGCGAAGACGUGUCCUGUAUUCGGCUGUCUGUGCCGUCUGUCACGAGAAUGAGUUCUCGUUGGCAGACAAGCCAUCGUUGGACACAUUGUUGCAAAUGCUUCAGAGCCUCCUCUUCGAGAUCGGCAGAAGUAGUCAAGCCUUCUGUGAAUUGAGUGGUCGGACGGAACCACUGGUCGGCGAUGUAGUGAUGGCUCUCAUCGAAAUGGGUCUCAACUGUGACUCGUUGUCGUCGUACGCCAUGCGAGCCAAUCGGGUGACCAUCGCUUCGCCGCAACUGAUGGCCAAACAGUCGACGCCUCGUAUACUACAGGCGGGAGAGAAGAAACAGUUGACGCCUUAUAUCGCCGACUAUUUGCCGGCCUUUCCUGACCCGCACUCAUACAUCCGGACGCCGACACACAAACAGCCCGUCACUGAAUACGAGGCCAUUCGCGAGAAGAGCGCCUCUCAGAAGAGGGACGUCGAGAGAGCGUUAACCAAAUUCAUGGCCAAAACGUGCGGCCAUUCUCUCACUCAUCGACUCUUUCCCGACGAACAGAUCUCUCAUUUGUUUCCAUUAAUUAUACUUAAAGUGGAGUCCAAUCCAUAUCUGAACGCAUUGUUACCCAAAGACCAAGUGUUUGACGACAAUGAGGAGCAACUGAUCCAUAAGAAGGAAACCGAUAAAAAGGCUAAACCUGUGGUGAAUGUAAGCGACAAAACAGAUGUUCUCAAUGCAGACAAUGCCACUGAAGAGCAGACAAAUGAGACCAAUAAGUUAACGCUUAAUACGUCGGCCACUGAUAAUGAUGUGUUAGACAACCCAUACUUGAGACCAAUUAAAAUGUCUUCACGAAAAAGGAGUCGAAAGCAAUUUGAGACAUAA